CAAAAUUUUCUCCUUGUCGAGCUUCGAGGCGGGAAAAAAAUCCGGAUUAGGGUCUCAAGUAGAGAGUUUCGGAAUGGGACAGUUAGGGGGAUUAAGUUGGGAAAAAGCCGAAAAUUGGGUUUCAAAUCAGGUUUUCGAAAAAAAUUUUUGUGGGUCAAAUAAUAACGAGUAUCUCUUAAGGUAUAGUAGGUUAUGAUGAAAAAAGAAAAAUUAAAAAUGAAAGAAAAAUUUUAAUUAAAAAGCAAAUUAGAAAAAAAAUCAGAGAAAAAAAAUUAAAAAUUUCUCCCUUUAUUAGACAUAUGAAACAAAUGGCAGAAAGCCGCUUUGGUAAUUGGUGGAGUGCCGUAAUUAUAAGUGAUAGGGGAGGUUAUGGAAUGAGUACAGUUUAUGAUAAAUAUCAAAAUACAAGCUGUGAAAUUAUGAUUUUCAAUACUUUUUAUUGGUUAGGAAGGACAUGCUAA